AUGGACGUGCCCACGCCGGCGUGCUCGCCGUCCUCGUCGGCGCAGCCUCCGCCGUCGUCGUCAGGCGUCGAUGUGGCCGUUGACGCGGGGAAAGACGACGAACGGCGGCGGCUGCUCCUCGAUGCCGCCAUCGACGGCAACCUCGACCUCCUCGCCAGUACGCCCCGAAACGCCUUCAACGAAGCUUGUAUUAUUACUACUGUAAUAAAUCGACUAACAAUCCAUCUGAUAUUGGGACGUCCAGGGAUGGCGCUGGAGCUGCUGCCGCCGGCGCCCAGCGCCACUGGCGCGGACGCCACCGCCGGCGUCUGGUCGACGUGCGGCAGGGCGCUGCACCUGGCCGCGACCAACGGCAGGACCGACGUCUGCCGCUACCUCGUCCAGGACCUCGGCAUCCCCGUCGACGCCCUCUCCGACGAGCGCGAGACGCCGCUGCUCCUGGCGGCCACCUUCGGCCACACCGCCACGGCCGCCUGGCUCCUGGAGCGCGGCGCCAGCCCGCGCGCCCCGGACGUCGACGGCGAGACCCCCCUCCACUGGGCCGCCUACAACGGGGAUCGCGACCUGGCGAUGCUGCUCCUGUGCAAGGGCGCCGACGUGGGCGCGGCGAACCCCCGGGGCACGGCGCUCCACGUCGCCGCCAUGCGGGGGUGCCCGCAAGUCAUCCGCGUCCUGCUGCGCCACGGCGCCGAUCCCAACAAGUUCGCCAGCCGUGUCUUCACGCCCUUGGUCUCGUCGCUUCUUGGUGGCUCCGUGGAAUGCAUGAAGCUGCUCAUUGAGGGUGGGGCUAAUGUUCACGCCGGUGGAUUCAGCGGAGCGACCCCUCUGUUGUUAGCGUGCAGCCGCCGUGGCAACAUCGGAUUUGUCAAGUGCUUGUUGAAGGCUGGAGCAGAUCCGAACAUUCCUGACGAACUUGGUAGGUUGCCGAUAGAAAUCGCCGCGGUCCAAGGUGGAAAAAAACUAGUUCAACUUCUGUUUCCUGUGACUCGAUGCCCUCCAAACAUGUCUGGCUGGAGUGUUGCUGGCAUCAUGAGUUAUGUGAAUUCUGCUGCUUACAAGGAGCGGGUGAGAAAGGAUUCUUGUAAGAGGAAAGCUGAACUAAAACUAGAAGGGAACAAGGCCUACGAAAUCAAGGACUACGACACGGCUAUACUUAUGUACAACAUGGCACUGAAGUUCGAUGAUCCAAACGACAUAGACGCCUCCAUAUAUGCAAACAAGAGUCUCUGCUGGCUGCGCCUUGGUGUCGGCGACGAGGCGCUUUCGGACGCCCAGGCCUGCAUCAGGUUAUGGCCUGACUGGGGGAAAGGCUACUACCGCCAAGGAGAGGCCUUCCGUUUCCUGCAGGACUACGCCAGCGCUUACGCCGCGUUUGUCAAGGCAUCGGAGCUUGAUCCGCAGAACCCUAAGAUCGCCAACGCCCUCCGGGAUCUCUUGGAGCGCACGAAGGGCGCCUCGGUUUCGCGGCGCCUGGAGGAAGGGGUGCAAGGAAGAAGCCAGGUUCUGUCUGGGCCGUGUGAUCAAACAGUCCGAGGGCAGGGCUCAUUUGUGCAGGCGCUAGGUAGAGGUCAGCCACUAUCCAGUGGCCAGUAG